GCAUGCAGUCAUCCUGAAGCUGUCAACUUUGGCAUGUCUGCAAUAAUUUUGUAUACAAUUAAUUUUUUUCUCUACUCUUAAUUAUUCUUAGAUUUUAUUCUUUUGUGAUAUGGUGCAAUUAUGGCGAAGAGAUUAUAUUUUUAUUACUAUUUUUUAAUGUCCUUUAUCUAAAUGUUCCUUAUUGUAAGUAUAUGUAAUAGUUUGACGUCGGACUCCUCUACCGAAUUAUGGACAAGAAAUUUAAGUUAAGUGUAAGUAAUAUAGCGAUUGAUUCAGAUGCCAGCGCAGAAACCAAUAGUCUAAGUGCCGAAAGUACUACGACCGAAAAUGUGCAACACAAAACUAGGAAAAAGUUCGGAAGGCGAAGAGGCUCCGAAUGGGAAGUUGUGGAGGGUUUGAAGGAGGGGCAAAGGUUUGAAAAGCGCCCCGAUGUGUACAACGGAUUUCUUCACAAGAAACGUAAAUGGCCACUCAAAGGAUGGCACAAGAGAUAUUUCAUACUUAACAAGGGAAUUCUGAUAUAUGGAAAAAAUCCGAACGAAAUGAACAAAGGCAAGAUCCACGGUUCCGUCGAUGUAGGAUUAUCGGUAAUUUCUAGCAAACUUACUGGCUGUCGAAUAGACAUAGACGCGGAAGAAUAUAUCUAUCAUCUAAAAGCGAAAACCGACGAAAAUUUUACGGCGUGGCUGAAACAACUUACCGACCAUAGGCUAUUUCGACAACACGGUUUGACUUAUGGCAGUAAAGCUGGAAUUUUUCCUUCUUUGCAAACGACUGAAGAAUCUGCAGAGGCCUUGUUAAAAAAUGAUUGUACCGACAGUUGCAAUACCUCUAAAGAACUAAGUACGAGGUUGUCAUCUUGGAUUAAAAAUGUUCCUUUGGACGACAUAGAACGCGAUAUUGCACAAACUGAAAAAAACUUAAAGAAAUUAUCACAUUUAUUGCGACAAGUUGAUCCUAAAUCUGGAAAUGCGAGCAAUUUAGAGAGAAUUUCAAUUAAUAGCACCUGUUCAACUAACUUAGAUGUAGCUGGAAACUUUCUUCAGACAUCUGAGCCGUUAGACAAUCAAGCUUACGAAAAAAUUUACGGUCUUUCUAAAGAAGUAUUUAGUUCAGUUAAAAAUGUGGUUUCGGUACUGUCAGUAGAAAAAGAUGCACUAAAAGAAGUUUUAAAUCAAGAAAGUCAUUCUUUAGCCAAUUUUGAUCUAAACGGUGAAGUUAUUACGGGCCUGAAGAAUAGCCUCAAGGAAGCGCUUCAUCAGAAUACGGAGUUAAGGCGUCGCCUAAAGGCAAUACACGACACCUCCGAUUCCUCGAACAUUUCCCAUUUACAACUCAAGCAAAACUCUAACUCUUCGUUAAGCGGCAACUCUUCUUGUAUAAGUGCUAGCGAAUAUUUUGAUGCCGAAGAUUUACCUAAAGAUGAAGACAAAACGGAAAUGGCGAGUGGCGAUUUUGAAAUUCCUCUAUCGACCAGAGGUUCAGAUACCAGCUCGGAAGCUGGUUCUUUUUCAAGUAAUGAAAGUGUAAGUUCGGGAUCCGAAGGUGAAAUGGAGUUUGGACACACAAGUGAAGGAAGCAAGGGUCUUACGGGCAGACGAACUAUUCUUCCCGUACCUCGUCCUACUACAGAAGGACUAUCAUUGUGGAAUAUUUUAUAUAAGAACAUCGGUAAAGAUCUCUCACAAAUAAGCAUGCCAGUCGCGUUAAAUGAACCCCUCAAUAUUUUGCAAAGGCUGUGUGAGGAACUGGAAUAUUCUGAACUGCUGGACAAAGCGGCGGAAGUUAGUGAUCCAUAUGAGCGUAUGGUUUACGUAGCGGCAUUCGCGGUGUCCGCCUACGCCAGUUCUUACAGCCGCGCUGGAAAUAAACCGUUUAAUCCGCUGUUAGGUGAAACUUACGAGUGCAAUAGGGAAGAUAAGGGCUUUCGUUUUCUCGCCGAACAAGUAUCUCACCAUCCUCCUAUUAGUGCCUGUUAUGCGGAAAGUAGAAAUUUUAUAUUUUGGCAAGAGGCGAGAGUGAAAACCAAAUUUUGGGGCAAGAGUAUGGAGUUUCAGCCUUUGGGAAAGGUGCAUCUUUGUUUCCCUAAUAGUGGCGACACCUACGUUUGGAAUAAAGUCACCACUUGUGUUCAUAACAUUUUUAGUGGUCAGCGAUGGGUGGAUCAGUAUGGGGAGUUGCAUAUAACCAAUAACCAAAUUUCCUGCAAGCUCACGUUUGCAAAAUCGAAUUAUUGGUCUUCAAAACGUCAUGAGGUAGUGGGAACAGUCUGUGAUGAGAAUGGCAAACACGUAAGAAACCUAUUUGGUAAAUGGUCCGAAGCACUAUACUGCGGUGUCGCACCAUCAGCGAGAUGUAUAUGGCGUGCGGGCACCCUACCACCAAAUCACGAUCAGUUUUACGGUUUCACUCGUUUCGCAAUCGAGUUAAACGAAUUGGAACCGGAUUCACAUCUACUUCCACCGACCGAUACUAGAUUGAGGCCCGAUCAACGCGCACUCGAACUAGGAAACUUGGCGAAGGCCGAACAGUUAAAAUUACAAUUAGAAAAUGCCCAAAGGGAACGGCGAAAAAAGCGAUUGUCUCAAAAUGUACAGUACCAGCCUCAGUGGUUCUCGCAAAACGAUAAUAACGAUCACACUAAUGACGAAUGGUUAUAUAACGGUAAAUAUUGGGAAGCACGUAAAAGUGGAACGUUCUCUGAGUUACAUUUUGAAUCUUUAUGGUAACAUGUAGAUUCAUAAAAGUUGACUAUGUAGCUAGGUUUUAAUUGUGGUUUAAGGUUGUUAAUUUCUUGAGGUGCCUAAAAAUACUUUUUUUACUAAUUUAGCUAAAUUGUGACAGUAUUGUUUAAAAAAAAUGUAAAUUGAUAGGCUUUUGCAAAUCUAGAAAAAUUGUUGUAUUAAUUCAACUAAGUGAUACAAGUUAUGCUAUAAUUUAAAGAAAUUUUUGGUUUGUCCGUUUGUAAUACACGAAUUAAUAUGCUCGAAUUUCAUUCAUUAAAAUGAGCUAAAAAAAAUGAAAAGUUACAGUUGUAUGGUAAUUAAUAUUUAUUACUAUAGGGAGUGCGUGCAGAUCACGUCACCAUGUCUUUCUCUUGCUCCCUAGUGUAUACAUUUUUAAUCUCUGCUGAAAUUUACAAGUAUUAAUAGAUAAACAACUUUAAAGAAAAAUUAUGACUGAAAAAAAGUUAUAGGGUAUAAAUGGGGUGCUUGAGUUUGAUGUUUGUUGGUGCUACUUCCUUGAAAUGGCUUGACACAUUUCAAACUCUUGUUCCUGUAAAGCAGAAUGCUCAUUAGGGAACUGUUGCAUGUAGCGUACCAGUGACAAUGUCAUUAAUGUUCAGUCAUUGCAAACUGCUGUUGUAUCCAGUAUGGCCACUGAUAAGGAUUGUUUGUUGGUUUUUGCUGUGAACACAAAAAGUCGCCUAGUGUUAAUUCUGUUAUGUGGACAUGCUUGCGAACCGAACUGUACAAUAAACAACAGCUAUGUGGAUCUAGAAAAAAUAAAUAAAACAGGACGCUUGGCUGCCUGUAUGGAGGCCACUGUUGACAUUUAUAAACAAAGAACUUCGGCACCUUGACAAGCACUUACUGCAACAGUUUGAUAGUGGGUACGUGGCUCUAUAGUCUAAUUCGCUAUAGACAAAUUCUGAUGCAAAAAUAAUGAUGAAAACAUAAUUUAACCACUCUUCCCACGACGUUACUGUUCUCCAACUGUGCAAGGGAAUUUUCUAAAAGCCAUUUCUAACAUGAAGCUGCUGUUGCUGGGAUAAUCUUCAGAAACUUCAAUACACAAGUGCUGAAACAAAACACACAUCUCAUAUUCCAAUAGUAAAUUCGUUUUUCAAUUAAGCAACAGAGAGCCUACAUGACUAAUCAGUGUUCAGUGGUAAUAGGCCUUUCAAAUAGGUACCGC